AUGUAUGUUGGUGUAAAGCGUAAUGAAGUUUAUUCCAAAAAGUUUUUGUCCUCACUGAAUGAAAAAUAUGGUCAGAAUAAGCGAGAAAUUGAAAGGAAAAUUCGAGUUGAGGAAACAAAAAAGGAAUUUCUCGCCGCAGAAAAUCAGAAGCAGUACGAGGAGGAUGUAAACCAAAGAGUACUUGCGUACCUUAAGUUGACCUCUACCGAACUUGAGGUCGAGGAAGAGGAGGAGGAAGAGGGUGAGGUCGAACUUCCGGAAAUAACACCGGAAAUGGAGGAUAUUAUCAGAUCUUCAAAUAGUGCAAGGUAAAGUACAAG